AUGGAGAUCGAAGAGAUAGAUCAAGUUAUCCAACAUCAAAAGGACAUUGAAGGUGAGAUCCAGAGGAUCUGGAUAAAUUUUAAAAAGGAUUCUUCUACAAGAUAUUCAAAGCAGUAUUUUGAGACACGUUUGGAAAAUUUGCGUCAGAAAUGGGACGCAUUUGAAGACAACAAUGAUAAUCUGAUCAAGAAUUUGAAGCCUGAUAAUGAAUAUAUCACAAAAAAUUACUAUGGCCAGUUACAACAAAGACGAAAUGAAAUCGAAAAUCGAUUUAAUAAUGAAUUGGAAAUAAUAAGGCAAAUGGAGCAAAAGGAAGCUCAAGUUUCAAGGCAUCAAGUUAUAAGAGGGCAAGAAGAAGCUCGGUCACUAAGAAAUCAAGACAUAAGUAUCAAUGACGAAGUCACCAUCACCGGGCCAUGUGAUAUUACGAACAAACGUUUAGCAAUCUUAAGUACAAGUCUGUUGCAGAUCAAAGAGACAAUAGACUUAACGAAAAACCAAGGAGAUUUCAUUCAACUGGAAUCGAUAUACGAAGAAGUAUAUAUCCAGUUACAAGAAGAACUGAACGUUCGCAGUCAAAAUGUUUCAGAAACUAGAACAACCGUAAGUAACAAUAUCAAACUACCACCGUUGAAUGUACCCAUAUUCAACAGCAGAUUUGAAGAGUGGUGUCCAUUUUGGGAAUUGUUAGUUCAACAAAACCAUAAUCUAGUGGAUGUAGAAAGAAUGCAGUACUUAAAAGGAAGUCUACGGGGAGAAGCCGCCAGACUUAUCAAUCAUUUAACAAUAACAGCGAACAAUUAUACAGCGGCAGUUGAACUACUGAAACAAAGAUACAACAAUCCAGCAAUACUUGUGGACAAUCUUAUCAAUAAGUUAUUGUCGCUCAGAGCUAUAAGAAAUGAGAAUGCACAGGAUUUAAAAACAUUAGUGGAUUCUUCUAGAGAAGUGUUAUAUGGUAUACGUAAUUUAAAUGUGGACACGUCAAGUUGGGAUCCACUAAUUAUACAGAUACUGCUUCCAAAAUUAGAUGGUGAAACCAGAAAAUUAUACCAACAUUCAAGAGGGGCAUCAACACAAAUACCAAAAUUGAGCAGCUUAUACGAGUUUAUCGAGAGCAGAGUUAGAGGAUUGGAGGCAAUUCGAGACACAAAUCGCGAAAAUAAGAAUAAUUUUCGACCAACAGCAGUUAAUACAAAAACGCAUGGCAAACCAACAGUCACAAAUAACAUAAGUAAACAGAGGAUGCCAACAUUGAAGAACACCACAGAGACCGAAGUGACAGCGUCGUACAACAUCCAAAAGGAAAAAACUGUUCUACUAGCAGCAGCAAUGGUAAUUAUAAGGACUAAAAAACAAGUUAAUCCGAUACGAGCGCUUCUUGAUCAAGGAUCACAAUCUUGUAUAAUAACAGAACAAUUAGCAAGAUCAAUCAGAGCACCAUUGACCAAUUAUCAAACUCACGUAAAAGGUAUCAAUGGACAAACAACAAGCGUUAUAGCCAAAUGUUCAUUAGAAAUUCAAUCUAUACAUGAUGAAAAUAAGAGCUGUCAUAUCGAAGCAAUAGUGUUACCAAAAAUCACAUCAAAAAUGCCAAAUGCAGAAUUCACGCCAGGAAAAUGGUCGCAUAUUGAUGGAUUGCAGUUAGCAGAUCCUUGGUAUGCUGAACCAAAGGAAAUACAAUUGUUAAUCGGGUCGGACGUAUUACCAGAAGUGUUUAAAGAAGGAUUAAUUAAAGGACCAGACAACUCUCCAAUGGCUCAAAACAGGACCUUUAGAUGUAGAGCCGACGAGUAUUUAAAACGGUUUUGGGAAUUAGAGGAAAUUCCAAAUGCAGACUUAAGAACAGUAGAAGAAAGGCAUUGUGGGCGACAUUAUGAUUCAACUUGCACCCGCGAUAAAACAGGACGAUACAACGUUAGGUUACCACUGAAAAAUGAUCGAGAAACGUUAGGUAAAUCCAGAAAGAUGGCAUUAAAACGGUUCUUUUCAUUGGAAGAACGAUUUAAGAAGAAUCCAGCACUAAAGCAAGAGUAUGUGAACUUUAGGCGAGAGUAUAUCAAGCUGGGUCACAUGAAGGAAGUUAAUGAAAAACCAAAGACAAAGGUAUAUUAUUUGCCGCAUCAUGCAGUUAUUAAAGAAGACAACACGACAACAAAGUUUCGGGUGGUGUUUGAUGCGUCCGCAAAAACGACAUCAGGACAAUCACUGAACAGUAUUAUGAUGACAGGUCCUACAUUACAAAAGGAUUUAUUCAUUCUAUUAUUGCAGUGGAGAAUGUUUAAAAUAGUUUUUACGGCUGACAUUGAAGAAAUGUAUCGGCAAAUACUGAUUUAUCAUGAUGAUAGAGAUCUUCAACGAAUUUUAUUGAGAAACGAUCAGAAAAAACCAAUAAAAGAAUACAAAUUGAACACGAUUACAUAUGGUACUGCAUCAGCACCAUAUCUUGCCAUCAAGACGUUGUUAAAAUUAGCAGAAGACGAGAGAACUAAUUAUCCUUUGGCAAGUGAAACCUUAAAUGAAAAAUUUUAUGUAGACGAUUGUUUGGGAGGCGCUAAUACGAUUAAAGAGUGUAAACAAGUACAAGAAGAAUUAAUCCAAUUAUUGCGGAAGGGAGGUUUUAAUUUAAGAAAAUGGGCAUCAAACGAACCGGAAAUGUUGGUGAAUAUCCAGAUAAAAGACAUUGAACCAGGCUCAAAAUACACAAAAAGAGCAAUUCUAAGUGAUGCUGGAAAACUAUUCGAUCCAUUUGGUUGGUUGUCACCUGUAACCAUUAAAGCAAAAAUUAUGAUACAAAAAUUGUGGAUGCUAGGAAUUAGUUGGGAUACAGAGAUCCCACCCAAUCUACAGGCACAAUGGGAAGAAUUUAAAUUGAGAUUACCUGCAGUUCAGAAAAUAACCAUGAAAAGAUGGACACAACAUUCAGAGAAUAGUUUAAUCGAGUUACAUGGAUUUGCAGAUGCGUCAGAAGCAGGAUAUGCUGCAGUUGUAUAUACAAAGGUUAUCAAUGCAGAAAAGGUUACAAUAUCCCUAGUAGCAUCAAAAACCAAAGUUGCGCCUAUUAAGCAGGUAUCAUUAGCCCGAUUAGAGUUAUGCGCAGCUGUGCUAUUGAUAAAGUUGAUUAAUUACAUUCAGAAGAAUAACAAGAUUACCUAUAGUAAAGUUAUUGCAUGGUCAGAUUCAAAAAUUGUAUUAAAUUGGCUAAGGCAAUACCCAAAUAGAUGUACUACGUUUGUAGCAAACAGAGUAUCGUAUAUUCAGGAUACGUUUAAAGGGCAAUUUAGAUUUGUUCCAGGAAAAGAUAAUCCAGCAGAUAUUCCAUCAAGGGGAGUAUAUGGUGACAAUCUUAUUUCAAAUAUAUUAUGGUGGCCAAUUUGGACCAUAAAUUGGCUAAUAAAAGAUGAAAGAAAUUGGCCAGAAAAUGACGAAGUAAUAGAUUUGAAUCUUAUUCCGGAAACAAGAAAAACUGCAAUAUGUAACGUCGUGGACGUUACCAAAGAUGAAAAUAUUAUUAAUCGAUUUUCUUCAUUAAACAAACUUCUUCGAGUGACAGCUUAUUGUCUUAGAUUCGUUUAUAAUUGUCAUAAAAAGAAAUCCGUAAGAAAGAUCGACAAUCUGUCGGCAGACGAUAUCGAUGCAGCGGAAAUUGUGUUGGUGAAGCAGGCAGAAAAAUGUUUUUCAGAUGACAUCAGACGGCUUAAUCUUCAGAAACAAUUAAUGAAAAGUAAUAAGUUGUGUUCAUUAAACCCAUUUGUUGACAGUGCAGGAGUACUAAGAGUGGGCAGCAGAUUAAGAAAUGCAGAUUUAUCUGACAACCAAAAGUAUUCAAUCAUUUUACAUACAACGAGUACUUUGGCCAAACUCAUAAUCAAUCAGGAGCAUAUUAAUACGAUUCAUGGAGGAUUAAAACUGACGCUAAACUACGUUCGGGAAAAAUUUUGGAUUAUUCGUGGAACAAUCGCUGUGAAAGCUUGCAUCAAUAAAUGUUUAAAAUGUUUUCGAAUAAAGGCAAAAGGACAAUCUCAAUUAAUGGGAAGUUUACCAACACCAAGAGUAAAUUUCUCGAGGCCAUUCACACACUGCGGCAUAGACUAUGCAGGGCCAUUACACAUUAAAUGCUCGCAAUUCAGGGGAAUUAAAACACAUAAGGCAUAUAUAGCUAUUUUUGUAUGUCUGGCAUCUCAAGGAUUUUUAGCAGCACUCAAACGAAUGAUAAGCAGACGUGGCUCAGUACAUCAUAUUUAUAGCGACAAUGGUACCAAUUUUACAGGUGCAAACAACAUUUUACAGAAGAUUCAAAUAGAGAAUCAUCUAGCUGAAACAGGUAUACGUUGGCAUUUCAUCCCUCCUGGCUCACCUCACUUUGGUGGCCUCUGGGAAUCGGGAGUAAAAUCCAUUAAAUAUCAUCUAGCUAGAAUUAUAGGUGACCAAAAAUUGACAUACGAGGAAUUAAGUACGGUCUUAAUUCAAAUCGAAUGUUGUCUUAAUUCACGGCCACUCUGUCCAUUAACAGACAACAUUGAAGAUCUUAAUGCACUUACACCAGGACAUUUCAUUGUGGGAUCGUCAUUAAUGACUCUUCUACCAAUCACUGAUAGUGUAAAAGAAGGUCAUAUUCCGUCAAACCAGGAGAAGUUCCCAAAAUUAUUUAAAGAAGCAACAUUAAUCAAAGCAGAACCAGACACUCAAAAUAUGUUACCAUUUGGAAACACUAUCAGAAAUAAAGAAGUAGUUUCGACAAAGUCUACUGCAGGAGAUUAG